AUGUUCACCCCGGUUCACACAACGCUAGGAGCCCUGCUUCUCUACCAAAGCUCUUCGGGGCUACUGCUACAUAACGGUGCGGUCUUUGGCAUUUCGUCCCUGCUAUCGGACUCUAUACAUCGUCCGAGUAGGGAUAAUGUGCCCAUCAUUGCGGGUUUGAUGUCCAGUGUGGUCCCAGUGUGGCUCCUGGCCCCCUCUCUCAUCCCCAGUUACCCUGCUGCACCAUUUGACUUGGCUUCCGGAGCUGCAACAUUCGGUGUAGGCGUUCUUUUGGGUUGGGGAACAAAGAAUGGCCGCGGUUGUACUUCAGGGCAUAUGCUUUGUGGCUUGUCACGCCUGUCUGUGCGUUCGAUGAUUGCGACGGCUCUGUUCUUCACCACGGCUCUCGUCACUGCCAAUAUCAGUGGAGGAAGCGGUAUCCCGCCGUGUGCAACAGGUCCUUGCUAUAAUUCAAUCUACCCAUCGGUAGCAGAGUUAUCAUUCAUGAUCGGCGCUGUACUAUUUUCUAGCAUUACAAAUUUGAUUGUUGUACCGAAGGUACUUCCACGGUCAGAGACAUCAAGAACCUUGUUUUCCUAUCUCGCCGGAUUGGAGUUUGGGGUUGGGCUGUUCAUCACUGGAAUGGCCGACCCGGCCAAGGUUUCGAGGUUCUUCGCCUUCCUAACGGAUAUCUCUCGCUUCGAUCCUUCUUUGGCAUUGAUCAUCGUCUUUGGCAUCGGUCCAUCACUGGUGACAUAUUUGUUGAACAGCCCCGGGAAAAUAGGAGGCAAAGAAAAGCCAGGGAAAAAACCCACGCUCGCUGAGAAAUGGAGAAUUCCCUCGACAACGGUGGCUGACAUCGACGGGAGAUUUGUUGCAGGUGCCGUGGCAUUUGGGAUUGCUUGGGGUCUAAGGGGAGUGUGCCCUGGACCGGCUAUUCUGCGUUCGAUCCUCCAGCCCACUUGGGGACUGGUAACAAUGAGUGGAUACUUCCUUGGGGGCAUGUUUUAA